CGUGCUACGUGUAACACGCUGGGGGUUCACAGGUCAGGGGUUGCCAAGGGGAGAGGAAGAUGGCGACAGGCAGGCUGAGCGAUAGGCAACGCUGAAACUGAUCUAGGAGACAGAUAAUCCUGGCGAUUGCAGACCACUAACCCUUACCACUUUACUUAGAAGUAAUAACAACACUAAUGGCGCUGCUGUACGGCUUGUUUUGGCGGCUCUUGCUGGUUCUGGUCCACGUCAACAGAGCGCUCAUCUCCUGGCUCCGUGGCCGGCAUCGGAGUUGGAUGGGCCGUCUGUGGGAGCGGGCGAUGGCUGCUCUGCUACUACCUCUAGCCCUGGCCGGGUUCCCAGACCAUCAGAAAAAGUUAAAUCAUAACCCUGACGCUAACGCUAACCCGGUAACCGGAAACUGCACUGCCAGUCGCCGAACACGGUGGCUUUCUGACGGCAGGUCUUUGGAGAAGCUGCCAGUCCACGUCGGCCUGUUGGUAGCGGAAGAAGAGCCUAGCUAUACCGACAUAGCGAACUUAGUGGUCUGGUGUAUGGCUGUCGGCAUAUCGUAUGUCAGCAUCUAUGAUAAUCACGGUAUUUUUCGGAAGAACAACUCCCGUAUGUUGGAGGAGAUAGUAAGGCAGCAGCAAGACUUGCUGGGUGUAGAUGGAUUCAAAUACAAUAUGGAGUUCUUGAGCAGUGGCGUUGGCAAACAUCAGCACCAUGUGGUCUCCUGCAGGCCGACAGUGAAGGUGCUGUCUCCAGAGGAUGGGAAGCAGCACAUUGUGCAGGCCGCACAGCAGCUUUGUCGCUCUGUGGAGAACAAAGAAAGGAGCUCCAAAGACAUCAGCGUCUCCAUGCUGGACAUACUACUCAGAGAGUCAAAGAACAUUCCAGACCCAGAGCUGGUGGUGAAGUUUGGUCCUGUGGACAGCACCCUGGGCUUCCUACCCUGGCACAUCAGACUCACUGAAUUCAUUUCCCUGCCCUCCCACAGAAAUGUCUCUUAUAAGGAUUUGUUAGGUGCCCUGCAGCAAUAUGGUGCCUGCCAGCAGCGACUCGGCAAGUGAAGUCAAGUCAAGCAUAAGGUUCUCAAGACGGAAGUGUGGGGUUUACACAGUCAGAAGAGAGUUUGGACAGGUGGUGACCCCUCCAUGCUUUGCUGUGUCCCUCACUACUCCUCUUUCCAACUCUGUCCAUAUCCCGAACUGCUAACAGACUAAGGCAGUUCAAAGACAAAGCAGGAGACCUAGCCAGAGAGCUCACUUCCUGCCACCACCUAUUGUUUGAUGAUACUUGAUGAACUCGUAUUCCAGGACUUCUGGAACAUGUUCUGCAAGCCAAGCCGAAAAUAAUGUGACAGAGAUACACGCUGACAUGAGAAGACUGUCUCUAGAUAUUCAGAGUUCCACAAACCCUGUUCUGUCCUCCAAACCCCCAGGCUCACUGUUUGUCAUUCAUUCUCCAGCUGCUGUUUACUGCUGAGAACUUGCCUUCACUUAGCCGAUAACAAAGAAGAAACAAAGCUUUGAGCCAGUCCUUGUGAUUAAUCUUGGGAAAUACAGCUGCAUAUUUUGGGAUAAGCUCAAUUACCAACACCUGAGUGGAGCAGCUGAAAUGAUCUUAGAGACAGAGUGAUUGAUGUGUAAAUAUGACAAAUUCAUGUGGCUGUGUGUUUGUCCCUGUGGCCUCCAGCUUACUGUAAUGUCUUCAUGUAUAGUGUUGCUUCAGGCAAAUGCAGAGAUUUGUUUUAGGCUCCUAUUAGAAUGGCCGAGCUCUGAAAUAAAGAAAUGCACUGUA